UAGAAAGAAAUAAAGGAAGAAGAAGGUCGGGAAGAAGACGAUGAUGAAUUAGGUCAAAUUCUGAGAAGAAGAAGUGUUCUCGUUUAAUCAAAAAUUGGAUCAAUGAAGUGUAAGAAGCACUUGAACACGGAUCUCAGUAGCACAAUCGGAGUUUGCGCCACUUGUCUCCGCGAACGCCUCUUAUCUCUCCAAGCCGCACAAUCGGAUCGUCGAGAUUCCGAUCCACAACCUAAUUACAAUUCUCGCAGGAAAUCUCAAUGUAUUUCAGUUUCAGAUCCUGGAUUCUGCAAUACUAGUCAUCAACCAGGCCGUGAUUGCGAGAAGAAGAAGAAGAAGUUUUCUCUCUUUGCGAGUUUCUUCAAACCUAAAUCAUCCACAAAGGAAGCUCAAGAUACGACGACGAUUGCAUCCACAUCUUCAUUAUCAUCUCCGUUCUGGUUCUCCAACAAGCUAUCAUCCAACCACAACAAGAAACAAUCGCGGUUAUUCUCCGUCGAAGAGUCGAUCUCUCAAUGUAAUUUUAAAACGACGACGGUUCGUAUUCGUCAGAAUCGCGGAAUGUCUCCGGCGAGAGUCUCAGACGUCGACGACGAUGAUAUUACAAACGGUUUCAGCCAUAGAACACCUGAAUCCUCGAAACAGACUCCGUCCAGAGCCUGCAGACGUGGCGGAGGACAGUCCGGAUUUUCAUUCUGCUUGAGUCCUUUGGUCAGGGCGAGUCCUAAUCGGGCGAGAAAUCAGAAAGGAGUGUUACCGGAAGUUAGCUUCUCCGGCGACAUCAGAACCACCUCCGGCAAGCCGCCGUUAUCCAUGGCGACCAAGUAUUGUGCGAACAGGUCUCGUAAGAUAGCGGAUUUUGGAAGAUUCAAUCACAACCAUUGAUCAUUAACCGUCAAAGCUUUAAGGCGUUUAUCCAUCUGAAAGUACAACUUUACCCUUGUUAUUUUUGUCUUUUCUUAUCCUUUCUUAUUAGCUUAGACAUAUAUAAUUUUGGAUAUUAAUGGAAUUACAUAGCUUUUAUUGA